AUGAACGAAUAUCUUCUUCCAAUAUGUACAUACGUAAAAAAGCUGGUGCUCGACGGCUUCAAAUCGUACGGUCGGCGCACGGAAAUCGAUGGCUUCGAUCCGGAGUUUACGGCCAUCACCGGUCUGAACGGAUCCGGGAAAUCCAGCAUUUUGGACAGCAUUUGCUUCGUGCUGGGCAUCAGUAAUCUGCAGAAUGUAAGUUCCGCCAGAUACAUAUAACACAACAUUAUUUAA